AUGCUUCCUCUCUCCCUCUUAACCGCCGCUACAGGCCACCCUAUGCUCGUCGAACUAAAAAGCGGCGAAACCCUGAAUGGCCACCUCGUCAGCUGCGACACGUGGAUGAACCUCACUCUGAAGGAGGUCAUACAAACGAGCCCCAGCGGUGACAAGUUCUGGAGGCUGCCAGAGAUUUAUGUGCGAGGAAGCACCAUCAAAUAUCUCCGGGUCCCAGACGAAAUCGUUGAAGUGGUCAAAGAGCAGCAAGCCAGAGAACAGGCAAGCCGGGGCGGUCGGGGAGGAAUUGCGCACAGGGGAGACCAUCGCGGCGAUCGUGGAGGCCGGGGCGGACGUGGACGUGGUCGCGGGAGAGGACGAGGGGGCGGCGGCGCAUGA